AUGCCUGCAGCGUGCGAAGCGACCAUGAACGGCGCCUCGCAGUCCCAGACGUCGUCGCAGUCGCAGUCGUCCGUCUCCGCUCGCCGCUUCCUCCGCCCCAAGCUGCGGCAAGCUACCCUGAUCCUGCCCAAGACCGGCGAGCGUGUGCGCCGCACCUUCACCCUCCGCUCUCCAGACGCCGAGCCCGCCGACGGCGUCGAUGAUACCACUCCGCUGCUGGGCGGCAGCAAUGCCGCGCCGCCUGCCAGACACCAAGGUCCCGUAGCCCGAACCUGCGGGAGGGUUCGCGACGGCGCGAAGAGGGCGUACGGCUUCGUAACUUCGCCCCUGGGCGUCAAUUUGCUAAAAUGCUCCAUCGCCUACGUGCUGGGGAGCCUGGCCACCUUCGUGCCCGUCUUGUCCAAUUUCCUAGGCCGCAAUGACGGCAAGCACAUGGUCGCCACAAUCACCGUCUACUUCCACCCGGCUCGCUCUGCGGGCAGCAUGAUCGAGGCCUUCAUGCUGGCAAUCAUGGCCUUCCUCUACGCCACGGCCAUUUCCUUCUCUAGUAUGGGUGUCUCCAUGGCCUUUGCCGAAGCCAACCUGCUCGUCCUGGGCCAUGCCAUUGUGCUCAUUCUGUUCUGCGGCGGAGGCUUGGGCUUCAUCGGUUGGAUCAAGCAGAGGCUGGGGAACCCUCUGGUCAACGUGGCGUGUUCUCUGGCCUCGCUCGCUCUGAUCACCGUGCUCACCAAGGAGGGCGCCGUGCAGGCGGCGACCUUUUCGUACAACAAGAUCGUUCAAGUCUUGAAGAUGGUGGUCAUGGGAAUCACGGCGACCACAGCCGUCAGCUUGCUCAUCAAGCCCGUCUCUGCCAGGAAUAAUUUGCGGAACGACAUGCGCAAGGCGACCGACGUCCUCAGCGACAUGCUCGCCAACAUCACCCGCAGCUUCUUGCUCGGUGCCGAGGAGGAGAUGAGGCAGCCCGAGUACGUUGAGGCUUCGAGCAAGUUCAAGUCCACAUUCAGCUCCAUGACCAAAAACCUCGGCGAGGCCAAAAAGGAACACUACGUCUUGGGGACGGAAAAGGAAUACCACAUCGAGACCCGCAUGGUUAAGUGUAUGGAACGUCUCGCUCAGAACAUUGGGGCUCUCCGCGGAGCUGCGCUCACUCAGUUCUCCCUGAUAUCGAAGCCACCCGGCGGUGGCACGUCUCCCGUGCUGACCAGGAACAACUCUGCCGACGUUUUGUCCCGUGUCAACACCACCGACUUCCAGUCUUAUUUCAACAGGCAGCCCAGCCACUCCAACCUGAGCAGCGUGUCUGCCAGCGGUCUUUCGGCCAUUGAAGAGGCCGGCGAGGAAGCCAGUGACGAAGGAAGCCGCGCCAUUUCUCCCACAACGACUCCGGGCGCCAUCAGCGGGUUCGCCACUGCGGAUACGCCCGCAGACAUCUUCACCAUGUUCAUCUCCUACCUCGGCCCUUCGAUGAAGUCUCUGGCUUUCACCCUGAAAGAAGUGCUCGACGAGCUGCCGUACGGCCCCGGCCCGGAUUAUACGAUAGCGGUCAACAGCAACUUCCGCAGCAGCUUGAUGGAAGCCAAGGAACUUUUCGUCAAGGCGAGGAAAGAGGCUCUGGACGCCGUGUACGCCAACCGUGGCUUGAGUAGGUCCAAGCCUCUCGAAGUCCUCGCCGACUACGAGGAGGUGGCCGCCAGCUGUGGUUACUUCAGCUCUGCUCUUCAAGACUGCGCCGAAGAGAUGAUCGUCUACCUCGACGUCCUGGACGAGUUGAAGGAUAACGUCGAGCGCAGCCCCAGAAAGCGAACCUGGAACUGGCUCAGGUUCUGGCGCAAAGAGAAGAAGGGUGAUGGUGACGAGAGCAGACCUGAAACGCCCGACAUCAAGGACCAAAACCACGCACGAGGUGUAUCUCAAGACAUUCAAAUCGCUAGGCGUCCUAGUCACGCCGCUCAGGCUGCCAAGAUGCCCCGUAGAAAGGCCCGUCUGCUCUACCGCAUUUACCGCUCUUCUGCUUUCCUGCGGAGAGAAGACAUCAAGUACGCCAUCAAGGUCGGCAUCGGAGCCGUAUUAUAUGCCAUGUGGUCCUUUAUUGCGGAAUCGCGUCCGACCUACAGCCACUGGCGUGGCGAGUGGGGUCUGUUGUCGUACAUGCUGGUGUGCUCCAUGACUAUCGGAGCGUCCAACACGACUGGAUACCAGCGUUUCUCCGGUACCUGUCUCGGUGCCGUUUUCGCCAUUGUCGCCUGGAUCGCGUCCGACGACAACCCGUGGGUCUUGGGAUUCUUUGGGUGGGUGGUUUCACUGUACUGCUUUUACAUCAUCGUUGGGAAGGGAAAGGGCCCCAUGGGUCGUUUUAUCCUCCUGACGUACAAUCUGUCUGCCCUGUACGCCUACUCGCUGUCCGUCAAAGACGAUGACGACGAUGACGACGAGGGUGGAGUGAGCCCGGAGAUCUUUGAGAUUGCAAAGCACCGUGUCGUCGCCGUCAUGGUGGGAUGUCUCUGGGGUAUCGUCGUCACCCGGCUCAUUUGGCCCAUCAGCGCCCGGCAAAAGGUCAAGGACGGCGUCUGCGUUCUCUGGCUGCGCAUGGCAUUGAUUUGGAAGCGGGAUCCCCUCUCGACGCUCCUCGACGGCGCUUCUGCUUCCUCUUUCGCCGACAUCCGCGAGUCUAUCAAGCUCCAGCGUUUCUUGAAUCAUCUCGAAGCGCUUCGCAAGUCGGCGGCGUCUGAAUUUGAGCUCAGUGGUCCUUUUCCGAGCAAGGUGUACGGUAGCCUCUUCGCGACGACCGGACGCAUUUUGGACGCUUUCCACGCGAUGAACGUGGUCAUCUCCAAAGAUGUGAAAUCAUCGGAGGGCGAGCAGGCGCUCCUCAAGUACACGAGGGAUGAGCGUAUCCAGCUUUCGUCGCGUAUCAGCCAUUUGUUCUCAGUCAUGGCUUCGUCAAUGAAACUCGAAUACCCGUUGAACGAUGCGCUGCCGGUCAUAGAGCACACGCGCGACCGUCUGUUAGCUAAGAUCUUUGACUUCAGGAAGAACGGAGACCCGGAUGACGUGGCAACGGACGAGGAUUACGAGCUCCUCUACGCGUACGUGUUGGUCACCGGUCAAAUCGCGCAGGACAUUGCGUCCUUGGGACAAGACAUCGAGCAGCUGUAUGGUGUGCUGAACGAAGACAACCUCAAACUUCAGUAA